GCAAUCCAACGGCAGACGAGAUUUGCAGCGCAGACUGAGCGAGUACUUGGCAGGCCGAUCAGCUCGUUGAUAGCAAGCUCACUCGUCAGUAAGUAGCAAUCAGGAUGGCGUCGGAGAAGAGCAAGAUCCUGGUGGUCGGCGCCACCGGGUACCUGGGCCGGCACGUCGUCGCGGCGAGCGCGCGGCUGGGCCACCCGACCCUCGCGCUCGUCAGGGACACGGCGCCGUCCGACCCGGCCAAGGCGGCGCUGAUCAAGAGCUUCCAGGACGCCGGCGUGACGCUCCUCAAGGGCGACCUCUACGACCAGGCCAGCCUGGUGAGCGCCGUCAAGGCCGCCGACGUGGUCAUCUCCACGCUGGGGUCGAUGCAGAUCGCCGACCAGACCAGGCUCAUCGACGCCAUCAAGGAGGCCGGCAAUGUCAAGAGGUUCUUCCCGUCGGAGUUCGGGCUGGACGUGGACAGAACGGGCAUCGUGGAGCCGGGCAAGACCAUCCUGUCCGGCAAGGUGGCGAUCCGGCGCGCCACCGAGGCGUCCGGCAUCCCCUACACCUUCGCCGUGGCCGGGUACUUCGCGGGCUACGCGCUGCCCAGCGUCGGGCAGCUGCUCGCCCAGGGACCCCCCGCCGACAAGGUGCUCAUCCUCGGCGACGGCAACGCCAAGGCCGUGUUCGUGGAGGAAGGCGACAUCGGGACGUACACGGUGCUCGCCGCCGCCGACCCCCGCGCCGAGAACAAGACGCUGUACAUCAAGCCGCCGGCCAACACGCUGUCGCACAACGAGCUCGUGGACCUGUGGGAGAAGAAGACCGGCAAGACGUUCGAACGCGUGUACAUCCCCGAGGAAGCCGUGCUCAAGCAGAUCCAAGAGUCGCCGAUGCCGCUGAACAUCAUCCUGGCGAUCGGGCACGCGGCGUACGUGAGGGGGGAGCAGGCAGGCUUCGAGAUCGAUCCGGCGAAGGGGGUGGACGCAAGCGAGCUGUACCCCGACGUCAAGUACACCACCGUCGAUGAGUACCUCAACAGGUUCCUUUGAAGAAGACGGCGCGCGUGACGUGUGGUUGGUUGUUGGUGCUUUGCCUACUGUCACCUGUACUGCUGAAGCACAGCAUGCGCGAUAGUACCAUGUGUCUCUGAUCGAUCGAGGGUACCUGCACUGGCCAGGUCCCGUCAAUUCCACGCCAAUAAGAUCCGAUCCCUUUCGUGAUCCAGUUUGUUGCAUUGGUAUGUACCACGACUUUUGUAAUGGAUGGUCCAUUUCUUAAGUAAUCUCCUGGUUGAUCGGU